AGGUACAUAAUAAAUUCCAUGAAACAUAAACAAGAAAGUGAAAACCUGGGCCUAAAUAGAUAUGAGGAAAAUCUAUGGGCAGCAUUUCCCUCAAGCACAAAAAAGGAGUCACCUAAAUGGAAAGAAGAACAGGAGAAGGAAGAUACUAGAAGGAAGCUGCAAACGACAGUUUUGGGGGAUGUGAAACAUUCUGUUUCUAGUAAUAAACAUCAAGUCCGUAAAGUUUCAGAAGACACAGCUUAUGCGAGAAAAGCCCAACCCACAGUAGGAGCAGAGAAAAAGGAAGAGUCUGAUUCUCCCUGGGAUUCUGAGCCGUGUUCUGAAGGUCCGAGGAAAGCAUCUCCUCCUGUGUUUCUCCCACCUGCAGUUGAACAUGGAGUACGCUUGCAGAGUGUUUCAGGGGAGCACAACAAGGGUGCUCUGCCAGCAGUAGGAACAGAGAAAAAGGAAGAGUCUGAUUCUCCCUGGGAUUCUGAGCCGUGUUCUGAAGGUUCGAGGAAAGCAUCUCCUCCUGUGUUUCUCCCACCUGCAGUUGAACAUGGAGUACGCUUGCAGAGUGUUUCAGGGGAGCACAACAAGGGUGCUCUGCCAGCAGUAGGAACAGAGAAAAAGGAAGAGUCUGAUUCUCCCUGGGAUUCUGAGGUACUUUCUGUGAUAUGUGCAUCUCCCCGGUCUGUGGGAGAGCCAGAUGAGAACUACGUGAGAGCUUGCCUUUGCGUUGAGCCCCCCGCCCCUGGUGAGGCUUAUUUACCCCAUGUUGCUGCUGCUCGAUGUCCUGUAUCUGAGGGUCAUUGAAAUACCUGUAGCGUAGGUUCUCUGUUGAGAUAGUACUGGGACAAAGUUAUGUCAGACUACUUACGUUGGCCUCCUGGCUGCAGGCUUUGGAGUUGAUUUUCUAGCACAGUUUUAAUACAGCAGUUUAUUGCUGCUUUUAAACUUAUGAACUUCUCAGGCAUAUUUUUGUGAGGAUUUUUUUUUUUCCUACUAUUCAGAUCUAUUCUGCUGAUCCAGUCAGAGUUUAAUGGAUGCCAAUACAUUGAGCAACCCAGACAUUUAGAUUUUUCUGUAUAGAACCUCUGUCUUCUCUAGAUAGACUUAAUCCGAUUUUGAAAAUCAUGUUCAGCAGACACCAAGUGUGCUGGCUGUGUUUAUCUUUCUGUCUGAUAAUUCUCAAGAUGAGAGUGAGCAGGGUCUGUAGCUACUUCCCCUCUAGCCUUUGUUGUUGGGAAAAAAACUAAUUCCCCACUCCUUUCUUAAAAAUACAAGACUUUCUAGAUAGCUUAAUCGCUAUCAGCUUUGCCUUUUUGGCCUUUAA